UAGUGGGAAGGUGGUCCUCUGCACCCUGUGCUUAGUGGAAGGGGUAAAGCGGAUGAAAUCAAAGACUUCCGUCAGACCAAAUUCAUAGGUCUUAUCCAUAAGGUCGAGUGUGCGUGAAGAUUUCGUCCGAAGUUAUCGUCUACGAAAUAAAUAUUCCGGUAUAUUUGAUAAGUAAUGCAACUGUUUCAAAAGUUUUAAACUUUCUAGAUUAUUGGGCGAAAACGCGGAUAUCUCUCCAACUGAAUAGUUUUCACAUUCUUUCGAUUUCUUCUUCUUUUUUAAUUUGUCCGGAAUUUGGUUUUGGUCGUUAAUUCGCUGGAUGCCGCUUUAAUUCGCUGAGCUGAGGACGGUCUAUGUGAUUGGUUUAACAAGUACCUUUUCUCUUCUGUGAAGAACGAUGGAGGGCAACUCUACCACGGGCGGGGCUGAGGAAGAGCUCCUGGAGAACUUGGUGCCAAAAGCGCCUGACGCAGAGGGCCACAAGCAUGACAAGAAACAAGAGGGCCAUGAUCACCACCGACUGGCGGAGGCCAUGGAGGUGGAGCAGGAGGGCCUGGUGGAGCACCAGCCCAUGCUGCAGGAGGACCUGAACUUCGAGCGCUGGAAGCCCAAGCCGCGGCCCGAGCGCUCGCUGGGCCAGAUCGUGGACGGCCUGACCAAGUACCUGUGGAACCCCGAGACACGCGAGUUCAUGGGACGCUCGGGGAAGAGCUGGAGCCUCAUCAUCUUAUUCUACUCGGCACUCUACACCUUCUUGGCGGCCAUGUUUGCGGCCUGCAUGUGCUGUCUGAUGUGGUCCAUUAGUAUCUACAAACCAACAUACAACGACCGGGUGCUGCCACCAGGCAUGAUGAUGUUUCCUCACUGGGACGGGUUUGACAUCGCCUUCAACGCGUCUGACCGCCACUCCUGGAUCCGGUACCAGAGGGAAUUGGAUCAACACCUGAAGCCAUAUGACGACAAACGUCAGGAGGAGAGGAAUAUCCAGUGUGACCAGGACCAGUACUUCAUGCAGGAUGACAAGAAGGAGGAGGAGGAGAGGAAGGCGUGCCAGUUCAAGAGGUCGAUGCUGGAGGAGUGCUCGGGCCUGACUGACCGCCACUACGGCUACUCGCAGGGCAAGCCCUGCAUCCUGCUACACAUGAACCGAAUUCUCGGUUAUUUGCCUGGCAAAGGAGUCCCCAUAUCUGUUUCUUGUGAACUGAGGAAAGGAGACGCUGGGGUUCUAGGGGAUGUCGAAUUCUUUCCAAAAAACAUUUUCAGUCUGAAGUACUACCCCUACUAUGGGAAACAGAGGCAUGUCAACUACACAUCGCCAAUCGUGGCGGUGCGUUUCCCCUCACUGCAGCUGGACGCCCAUCUCCACGUGCAGUGCAAGCUACACGGGGACGGCAUCAUCAACGACUCACCCACCGACCGUUUCCUAGGUAGCGUCUCUUUCUCUCUCGAAGUGGGCGCGUAGCUUACCAACCAACUCUCCCCACCACACCCCACCCCACCCCCUUUCCCUUUCCUUUCCUCCUUGGCCAACCAACACCACCACCGCUACCACUGCCUAUAUUGAUGACCUGUUUGAGUUGUACACAUUUGCAAAAUGGAUUAUCUUAGUACAAUAGAUAGGUUUAUUUUGUUUCCCUGUUUUUACAUUCCCUGUUCCCUGCUGAAACAUUCCCUCCACUCAUAAACAGCAAUAAUGUUAGGAUGCAUGCAAAUGAGUACACGACACAGACGCAGACGCAGACGCAGACACAGUGUGAGAGCUGUGUGGGAUAAAGGAGAAGGAGAUACUGAACUUUUACCUGAUGUAACACGUACAGUAGCUUCACAUAGUCAGUAGCAGGUAUUGUUUUUUUUUGUUAUCUAGGGCCCGUCAUUCAAUACUGCUGAGUUCACAUCUAUGGCAAUGUGGCGUUUUUUUUAAAGACUUGACUUAGCCUGUUCUUCACUUAAACAGAGGGCCCAAUAUUCAACAACAACAACAAAAAAUGAAAAGCAAAGAAAAAGUGAAUUGCCUUUAUUAUCUGUAGUUACACAUUAACUUUCAGGAGAAUCAGGUCACAGCCGCAACCUAGCUUGUAUCACAUUCACACCCAGCGUGGUAAAUAAGUGUUAAGUAGCUUUUUGUAUAUUAGUUUGGUUUUAAAUAUUUCAUAAUACAUACUGUAUUCGUCAUAUUUUUUGUAAACAAGGUUUCAGCCUAUGAAAUGUUUUUAUUUUCCACUGAGCCCAUGCAAUUGCAGAAGAUCAAGAGACCAUUUUCAACAGAAACCGAUGGUCUCCUAUUCCAAUAUUAUGAGUGCUUUUUUCUCCUUUUAAUUAUGAUAUAACAGGCUGCUAUUCUUUUAGAAUUAAUCAAUUCUGUUCAUGAUAUAGUUUUUAAGAGUUUUUGUUUACUUUUUAAUCUACAUGAUAAUUCUGUAAAUUACUGCCAAAAAGUAAAAAGUAAGCAGUUUCAUUCCAUGCUAGCUAGAAUAUUCUUAAAGAUAAAACAAAAAAAUAAGAGGAACAUAAAAUCCUUUCUCUGAAGAUGGCUACUAAAGUAUGUUAGACACGCACAACCAAGGUAGAACAACAUGGGUCAAAUCUUAAUGUUGUAACGAAGUAUCUGGUGAGACUCGGCAGUGUUAUUUAUUAAUGUACGUAUUUGAUACAUGUUGACAUGGACCAAUCACAUGUUGAUGACGAAGGACAGGCUCACUUUUGGAAACUGCAUACUGCUUGCUUGGCAGUUCAGAGGUGAUAUAUUUCAUUUGGCAGACAAUGACGUGUGUGUGCCAGAAUACAUUUUACCAUGAACACACUCAAAUGUCAUAGAAUUGUAAACAAAUAAACAUGGAACUGAAUUAACUAAUUUAAAA